ACCGGGUGGAUUGUAUUAGUGCAACGUUUGGUUCACAGAUCCAGUCAUCAAUUUACAGCAAGAAGUUGAAGAUAAACGCAAAACAUGGCUGAAGCCGUUGUGGACGGGUCUCCAAUGUCCCGUUUUUUUUGUCACAAGUGUAGUAUUGAGAUUCAGCGUUUAUUACCAGAUUACACAUGUCCACAUUGUGCCAGUGGAUUCAUAGAAAAGCUAGAGAACGAGGAAGAUGAUCAGGAUAUGAAUAUGGAAAUUAGUGCUGAAGAUUUCAAUGAUAUUGAUUUCGACCAACAAAUGUAUAUGGAGCUUAGCGACAUCCCGGAGCUCACGAUUUCAGGAUCAGAGGGCGAUACGGGAGUAUCCAGGAGUAGAAGACGAAGUGAUUUGCAGAACAGAUUAUCGAAUGCCCGACAGAGACGACGAAUGUUUUCUUAUGAAAAUCUUUUUCAUGAGUUCUUCAUUAAUCUUAGUGGACUAGGACGACCCGUCACUACGGGUCAGCCACCUGUGUUUUUCUUGGGUAAUCCUGGUGACUAUGUGUGGGGUAGAGAUGGACUGGAUUCUAUAGUGACACAACUACUGAAUCAAAUGGACGGAAGUGGUCCACCACCAUUACCACGUCAGCAAAUUGACGAGAUUCCAAAUACCAUAAUUAACCAAUCACAAAUUGACUGUAAACUCCAAUGUUCCAUCUGCUGGGAGGACUUCAUCCUGGCAGAAUCCGUGAGGCAAUUACCUUGCAAACACUUGUAUCAUACACCAUGCAUUGUACCAUGGCUUGAGCUCCACGGCACAUGUCCAAUAUGUCGACAGAGUUUGGGAGAGCAAAGCUCUGCCGAGGCAAAUCAAGACGAAGUCGGCCCAAGUCUAGCAGCCCUCUUCAGAGCAGUUCAGAGCAGCAAUCAAUUCACCAGCAGAGCAUCAUCUACCUCCUCAUCAACAAGUAGCAACUACAGCAACGAUUCCUCCAAUGAACAUUAAAUAAAUAAAUCACGUAACGAAUUUAUUGUACAGAGUCGCUGUUCUCACUCAGAUUCAUACAUUUUUGUUUUUCUUUCAUUGCACUCUGAGAACAAAUUCACCUCAGCAAAUUUAGAAAUUGUUUAUGAAAAUGUCCAGAUGUCUUUAACGACGAAAGUGAAGGCAAUAAGCCCAUGUCAUCCCUUAAAACGUUUACUUUAUUGCCAUUUCUAUUUUUGUUCACAGUUAUUUCUAUGAAUAAUUGUUUGUUUAUUAAAAAAUUUUAAUUGCUGAUGGAAAUUAAAAUGGAUAAAGACGGAUAAAUAUUUGGGGAUUAGCAAGAAAUAAAAAUACAUCUGUCAAUGAAUCAUUAAAUUGUCAACUUUAGAAGACGUAAGAGCUGCAUUAUCAAUUCGUCAUUAUUUUAUGAAAUAAAUUAGUAAAAAGAAUCGAAUUUAUUUAAUCAGUUAAUUUUAUCCAUGGACAUAUUGCGUAUGGUCGAUUAGUUCAAAUGAAAUUAAGGAAAUUCAAUAAAAUCCUUCGAAAGACGAGGAUUCAGACAGAAAAUACCAAGAGACGUUUAACAUCUCUCUAGAAACCUAGUGCCCGAAUUGACU